AUGAGGUUUAAUAACAAUCGAUCAAUGAAAAUCGAAACCCUCAACUAUUUUAUGAAACUGACUCGUGCUACUCUUCGAAGUAUUGGACUAUGGCCAGACCCAGAAUGCAGAAACGAAAGAUUAACACUUUACCACUUCAUGAUCUCAUUAUUUUUGCUCUUCUUUACUGUAGUAUUGACGCAAAAUAUACAAUUCUUUUUAAAUUGGGGUGAUUUAGAUGUCAUAAGUGACAUCCUAAGUCUCCAUUUGCCCAUUCUAGUUAGUCUGGUGAAGAUGAUCGUUCUCCGGUGCUGCAGAAGAAAAAUGCAGAAACUUCUUACAUUUAUCAUCAAAGACUGGGAUAACAAAACAUCGAAGGAAUACAAUAUAAUGAUAGAAUAUGGUCAAUUUAGCAAAAAAAUUUGCAUUGGAAUGCUGAAAGAUACGUUUAAUCCUAUACUAUUUGCACAACUAUUUGCGAAUAGUGUGCAAUUUUGUAUUCAAGGUUAUCAGCUUAUAUACUAUUUUACGGAUAAAAACUCAAAAUCGGUCUUUUACGACAUGAUGUAUAUAGUGAUGUUGCUUUCUUAUAUGAUAUUGAUGUUUUACCUCUAUUGUUACGUAGCAGAAACACUUCAAUUCGAGAGUUUGAGACUUGCGCAAACUGUAUACAAUAGCGAUUGGUAUUAUCUGCCACCUCAGAGAAUUAGAGAUCUUCUCCUCAUUAUCCAACGGAGUAGAAAACCGGUAGUAAUAACGGCUGGUAACAUUUGGGUGCUGAAUUCAGAGCUAUUUGCACAACUUUUGAAGACAUCCUUGGGAUACCUGUCUGUAUUACUUACAAUGAGAAAUGCCUAGAUGAGAUUUAAUAUUCAGGUUUUACAUAAAACCAAUACCUUCUCAUUAUGCCGAGGCAUAUUUCACAGAUUAUGUUGACAUAUUUAACAAGUUUCACCUAUUUACGUAAUAAAUCUGUAUUAUGUAUAGACGUUAAAAUCGUGACACCAAUUUCUCAAUAAAAAAAUUUAUUUCGAAUAGAAAUUAUUAUUACAUAAAUUUUGCAGCGAAAAUGAAAUAGUCGAAUUUUUAUUCAAGUUAAUUAUAUCUCAACCACAAAGGAAAUGAAUAUG